AUGGAUUUAAAUAUUCAGAUGUGCAUCAUCCAGUACUACACUCAUAGGCCAAAACCAAGCCAGCCAACAUUCGAGCAUGACCAACAGUACAAGAAGCUGUAUAGGGUGUACGAGUGGAAGAACAUCCAGUAUGGUUUCCCCAGUGAACGGGAGCGUGAGGAGGUUCUGCGAAGUGGUCGCUACAAUCCCGACAGUCCCAUACCCAUCGACAUAGAUGUGUACUACCCGCCUCAGGGUGGGGCAGUGCGUCACUUCAUCACGACCCCCCGUUUCGGCCAGGGGGUGCCAUACUCCCUGGCCUAUGUCACUCAGGUGCAGCGGGAGAACGGCAGCGAGAUCCAGGCGUAUCCCAGCUACGACUGGCACAAGACCCAUGGCGGAGACUGCGAUGGACUGACUUCCGUGUAUCGAGUGCACAUCGAUGCCUGCGGGCAGAUGUGGAUACUCGAUAGCGGCGAAAUCGAAUUCGUCCAGCACUGUGCACCCCAAGUUGUGGUCAUCGAUCUGGCCACCAACCAGCUGAUACACCGCUACCGUCUUCCCGAGGACACCUUUAAGGCAAAGGUCAGCAGAUUCGUAACCAUCUUGGCGGACAUUCAGGACCCUCCGCCGCAGGGAGUGUGCAAGGACGCCUAUGUGUAUAUGGCCGAUCCCACGAGCAAGGCUAUUGUCGUAUACGAUGUAAAGGGCAACAGAUCCUGGCGCGUGGAGAACAAGUUCACGUACCCCGACGCAAGGUUUGGCACCCUCACUGUGGCCGGGGAGAGCUUCGAGCUGUUGGACGGAGCCUUCGCCUUGGCCAUAACUCCCAACGGGCUGGGCCUGCGUCGUCACCUCAUCUUUCAUGCCCUGUCAAACGAACUGGAGCUUGCCAUACCCUUGGACGUGCUCCAGAAUUCCACACGAUGGCAGCAGGGCAUCAGCUCAUCGCUGCAGGAAUUCGUAACCCUUGGAAGAAGAGGUGUGCAGUGCGGUGCCCAUGCUGUUAGCAGGAGGGGCUUCUGGUUCUGCGGCUUCCUGGAACCCAUCGGCAUUUUCGGCUGGAAUAUACAGACACCAUAUGCCAGGCCCAAUCUCCAGCUGCUCGCUCUCAACCCCGACACCUUGCAAUUUGUUAGUGGCAUGAAGAUCGUAACACGGCCCAGCGAUGGCCAGGAGGAGCUAUGGCUUCUCUCGAAUCGUCUCCAGAAGGUAUUUGGCGGAACCAUCGACUACAAAGAGAUCAAUUAUCGGGUGCAGCGCUGCGACGUGGAUGACAUGCUGCAGGGACGGGGCUGUGCGGGCUCUUAG